AUGGGAGGCUUGUUUUCGUCUUCGGCAACAAAGAAGGCACCGCGGGUGUCGUCCCACGACAAGGCCGUGUUGGACCUCAAGGUGCAGCGCGACAAGCUCACCCAAUACCAGAAGAAGAUGAGGGCCGUCGUGGAGAAGGAGACCGAGAUGGCACGCGAACUCCUACGAAAGGGACAACGACCCAAGGCGUUGUUGGCGUUGAAGAAGAAGCGAUUCCAGGAGCAGCUCCUCGCCAAGUCCGAAGCCCAGCUGUCGAACCUCCAGGAGAUGAUCGAUUCAGUCGAGUUCGCCCAGAUGGAGAAGAGGGUGUUCGACGGGCUCAAGGCGGGCAAUGAGGUGCUGAAGGAGAUUCAGGCGGAGAUGUCGCUCAAUGCCGUCGAGGAGCUCAUGGCCGACACCCAGGAGGCCAUCGCCCACCAACAGGAAAUCGAGAACAUACUGGCGGGCAAGCUGACCGACGAGGACGAGGAAGCCAUCCUCGCUGAACUCGACGAGCUCGUGCAGCAGGCGGAGCAGGAGGGUGUGCCACAGAUGCCGGAAGUGCCUGCGGGCGAGCCCACCGCGACAGACCCACAAAAAGCGACGGCGGCCAAGACCAAGGUCAAGGCCAAGCGUCAAGAGGCGCCGCUUGCAGCCGAAUGA